CCACACAUAAAAAAAUUACAACAAAAUGGCUGACUUGUUGUUUGACAGUGUUGGUGUUGAUGGGCAAAGAAAAAGGAAGCAAAGACAGUUUGGGAGCAUUGGGUUCAUGAUAGAUGGAUAUACAGACGAGGAAUUAAGAGCAAGGUAUCACUUUGGAAAGGAGUCUAUACAGUAUACUACCGACCUUUUAGCAGAUAAUUUCCAUCGUAAAACCAACCGAAAUUACCCUCUCUCCGCUCUCCAACAAGUCCUUAUUGCUUUGAGCUUCUACACAAGUGGUAGCUUCCUUCAAGUGGUGGGAGACACUGUUGGUGUUAAAUUGACAGUGUCAAGAGUGGUGGAACUUGUCGCUAGACAACAAGCACAUAUCAAGUGGCCAAGACAACAGCAAGAGCUAGGCAAUUUAAAAAUGGCCUUCUACCAGCGAGGAGGAUUUCCUUGCAUGAUCAGAUGCAUCAAUGGCAUGCAUAUCUGAAUCCAAGCGCCUAACAAAGACGAGAAAAGCUAUGUGAACAGUAAAGGUUUCCACUCCAUCAAUGUCCAAGGCAUUUGUAACCACGAAGGUUUGUUUACUAACAUUGUAGCUCAAACAGUUUCCGAAGAAAAUGAAGCCAAGAAAAAUACAGCAGCAACAUGUGUCAAGCUGAAGCGCGAGCUCAUUAGACAAGAGAUUGAGACUAGUCAAACACAAAAUCCUCCUCACAUCAAUGAAGCACACGCAACUGUCACGCAUGAGAUGUGCAUCAACUGUUGUUCUUCCCCAUGUGUUUUCUUUAGUGAAACCCUGCCAGCAUGUUUGAGAACGUUUGGCCAGCCUUGA